ACCUCACCGGUUUGUCAAAUCUGUCAGUUGAAUUUUUGUCGUGUGGUGCGAUGCACGUACUGGAAUUUUAAUUAAUCGAAUUUACUUGGUAUAAACCCGGUUUCUUGUUAUUUUAACCAAAUUAGCUUACUCUCCUUAGUUUUGUGGUAUACAGACAGCAUUUUAAAGGAGGUGGUUAUGAGUUUCGAGCUGUAAAUUCAGUUGCUAUUAAAAUGGGAGCCAAAGUGUCUAGGAAUGAUUUUGAGUGGGUCUACACAGAGGAGCCGCAUGCUAGCCGCCGGAAAAUCAUCUUAGAAAAGUACCCCCAAAUCAAGAAAUUAUUCGGCUACGACCCGCUCUUCAAAUGGGUGGUGACGGCCAUGGUGCUGACACAAAUACUGAUGAUGCCGAUUGUCCAGAGACUGAGCUGGCCAGUUGCGAUGGUGCUGGCUUACUGCUUUGGAGGAGUCAUCAACCACUCACUCAUGUUGGCUAUCCACGAGAUCGCCCAUAACCUAGCAUUUGGCCACAACAGGCCGCUCCACAACCGACUGUUCGGUUUCUUCGCCAACCUGCCCAUCGGGAUACCUAUAUCCAUCAGCUUCAAGAAAUACCACCUGGAACACCAUAGGUACCAAGGCGACGAAGUCAUAGACACAGACUUGCCCACGCUGUUGGAAGCGAAGCUUUUUUGUACCACUGGUGGGAAACUGCUGUGGCUGCUUCUCCAGCCGUUGUUCUAUUCCAUCCGCCCACUGGUGGUCCGGCCUAAGCCGCCGUCGCCGUUGGAGCUCGUCAACCUUGUCAUUCAACUGUUCUUCGAUGCUGUGGUCGUGCAGAUGUUUGGUUGGAAAGUCCUUGCCUAUAUGGUCUUAGGAUCGCUAAUGGCUAUGGGAAUCCAUCCAGUGGCUG